AUGACAAUCUCUGAAAAAGACCUUGACUCGGGCGACAAUGCCUCGACAGGAAUGGGCGUGUCUGCCCAGAUUGACAAGGAGUCAGAGAGGAGGGUGCUGUCCAAAUUUGACUGGUUUGUGAUGCCGCAAAUGUCAAUUCUUGUUCUCUUUGCCUAUUUAGAUAGAACCAACAUUGGAAACGCUCGAGUCUUUGGCUUCGAAGAGAGCACCGGCAUGUCAGGUACCGACUUCAACAACAUUUCCAUGUUCUUCUACAUUACCUACAUCAUCUUUGAAACGCCCUGGGUCAUGGCCGUGCGCCGCUUCGGCCCCGGCCGCGUGCUGGCCGUCGCCAUCAUCUGCUGGAGCGCCGUCACCCUCGGCACGGGCUUCGCGCACAACUACCGCCAAGUCGUUGCGUGCCGCGUGCUCCUCGGCGCUUUCGAAGCCGGUCUCUUCCCGGCCCUGACCUUUGUCAUUUCGGGCAUUUACCCCGCGGCCUCGCAGGGGAAGCGCAUCGCCGUCUUGUACAUUUCCAUUGCGCUGUCGGGGGCCCUCGGCGGGCUGAUUGCCUAUGGCAUCCAGUCCAUGGGCGAGCAGCGCGGCCUGGCGGCUUGGAGGUGGCUGUUCAUCAUUGAGGGCGCCGUCUCGUUUGCCAUUGGGGCCCUCUGCUGGGUCAGCCUCCCCGGGACGCCCGAGACGGCGUGGUUUCUGAACGAGGCCGAGAGAAACACCAUGGCGCUUUUGAAAGCGCGAGAUCAUCCAUACGAGGAGGCUACGGUCAAGUUCUCCUGGAAGCAAGUCGGCUUGGCUGUUUCCGACCCGCUGGUGUGGCUGGCAUCUAUUGCAUUGUUCUGCUCGUCGAUUGCCAUGUUUGGCUUUAGCACCUUUUUGCCCACGCUACUCAAGGGCAUGCAAUAUACCUCACUGCAGGCAAACUAUCUCAGUAUACCAGUCUAUGUUUUGGCAUCCAUAGGCACCGGUCUCACGACUUACAUCUCUGACCGCAUCGGCCGUCGCGCGAUAUGUCUGAUUCACUCGCCCAUUCUAGUCAUGAUAGGAUAUGCGGUUGGUAUCGGCUCAAGCAAUAAGUCGGCUGGUUAUUUCGGCAUGUUUAUCGUGGGCGCCGGCGUUUACUCAUACAAUACUGUCCUUUUAACGCAAGUGGGACUUCUUCCAAACAUGAAUUAUUUUCUACUCGCUAACAAAGCAGCAGUCUCGAUUGGCAACGCAGCAGGCUUGGCUGCGUCUCAAAUUUAUCCAAUCGGGGAUGCACCUCGCUAUCUUGUCGGAAACUCGGUAUCGCUUGGCUUUGAAUCGCUCGCACUAGCUUGCGUGGCUCUUAUCUACAUGCUGUUACGAUACCGGACCGGACAGAAGAAGAAGCUAAUGAGCCAGGGCAUAGAGAGCAACGGUAAAGAGGGAGACCAGAGCCUAGACUUUGACUAUGUAAUACCGAUGCGCUCCAGCCCAAGUAGUCACUCUGCCGAUGGCGCGGACAGUUUGGCAGGUCAAGAGCACUACACUGCUUCAGUCUCGCAACGCACACACAGUCUAGUGGACUCUACACCUUCUUUUGAGCAGUCGAUUGGGGGCAUGAUACCAACACAGUGGUCUCUAGAUCUGGAACAACUGGGGCAGACUGAGACAUUCAUGCAAGACAUUCCUAGCUUUUGGUCUCUUUCGUACCAUGACGCUUCCGUGGCUGAUGUUGCCGACAUUGUUGAACCCGGCAUUGGGAAUGAGGCUCCCUCACGGUCCCAAACACAGACAACUCUCAAUAGGCACGAUCGCUCUACGUCUUUUAUUGGCUAUUCAAACGAGUCCGAUCCGUUUCUGCUGGAGCACUACCCAUACAGCGCCUCUGACGAACUCGACUUUUUCAUGGUCACAUAUCGUCGCCCCUCGCUUCAAGGGGUUUCCGUCGGUCACCCACCAAUUCACUUUUUACAGUCAAAGCCGCAAGCAGCACUGCAGAACCAAGAAGCAAUGGGCGCCUGCCUUGCCCUCAAAAACGAACGAGAUGUGCUGAAUGACCUCGUCAGUGUUGAAAUGGGCGUGGCGUUGCUGCGACUCUACCUCCGUUUUAUAUUCCAAAAUCUUCCCAUUGUGUCAGUAGCAAAGCUUCAAGAAGACGAAGAAGAAUUUAUUCGUUCCACUUCGCCUGGCGUUUUGGCCGGCAUGUUUGCUCUCGCGCUGCCAUUCACCUCCUGGGACGAGCAGCUUUGUCUCGACAGCGCAUACUCGAAGCCAGACACGAGCAAGCUCUGGCAGAUUUCGUAUUGCUGCUUGCAGAAGGGGCUGCACUUUCCGAGUCUUUCUACGAUUCAGACGUGCCUGCUGCUGCUAAACACGACCACGUUUGACCCAGUGGCCGUCGAAACUCCCUUUGCCUGGUCGUUGGCUUGUUCGGUGCUCGCUAUGGCGCAGUCGUUGGGACUUCACGUUGAGCCGAGCCGGUGGAAAAUUCCAGAAGACGAGGUUCGGUUACGCCGACGGCUCUGGUGGACCGUCGUCGUUGAGCAUAGCUGGCGGGCUGUCACGCACGGCCGAUCGACCAUGCUGCGCGAUGACGACUGCAAUGUUGCGCCGAUAUCAUAUGCGGAUUUUGCAGGGACUGACAACCCUUCCAACGCGGCAGAUUAUUUCAUCAGCUUCUGCUUGCUUACCAAUCUUGUCAACGAGAUAUGCCGCAACUUUUUCACACUCCGAGCUGUUUCUCGGAUUCAAAAUCUCACAGACAUCUUGGAUCGUGCAAAACCGUUGCAGCGCUCCCUCUACACCUGGUUAGAAUCUCUGCCGCAGUCUCUCCGUCUAGAUCAGGUACCCGACACGACCGAAGAGAUUCCCGACAGUCGCGCAUCUCUGCACAUUGCCUACUUUACCGCACACGUACUACUUUACAGAGCACUCUUGCGUCCAAUCGUUGGUCAGAAUUUUGUUGUUGUGAAUGAUGAUGAGACUGCCCAUCAGGUUCUCCAAGAGGCUCGCGAUUUCAUGACAACCUUGAUUGGCGUGUAUGAAAAGUACAAGCAGCUUGUCAAAGAAGGCCAUAAUCUCCGCCAGGAUACCAUCAUGGAGCAGGUGUUCGCGGCCGUUUCAUCCCGACUCGCCCCUCCUCCCGCUUAA